ACCAGGCACAGCAGAAUACGGGCCGCUCUAAGACCAGGCAUGUGUGAUUUCUGUGAUUGGGUUUAGACGUUGACGCCUCAGACAUUAGAUGACCAGACGCUCAUGGACAACGAAAUCUGUUCAGCUAAAAAUACUAAGUUUAUCCCAUCAAGUGUCUCAAAGUGCAAGCAGUUUGGGGAGAAGAUUCAAGAUUCUUCCCAUCUUUUUAUUGGCCACAUCCAGUUCCAUAGGACCUUCUCUUCUUGUGUAUCUUCCUUUUUCUGUCUCAGAAGAUUGUUAUUACUCCUUUCUCAAAUAUUUUCAUCACAUUUUAGUCCUUCACCACAUCUGCAGUUCUUAUCUCCACUUCUUUCAUCCUCAUUCCUUUUUGGGACCUCAGGUCUCCUCCUAUUCCCCAUUGUCUUCACCUGACACAACGUUCUGUUCUCCAGAUAGUCACUGGCAUCAUUCGCUCACUCUCUUGUUCCCCUAAUGGGCACCACAUCAGACAGCAGUGCCACAUUCCUGUCAUCACCGUUAAGAAUCUCUCUCCACCCCUAACCACGUUGUAACACCAACAUUAGCACAAUCCAGUGGAGACAAACAAUAUGAUGAUGACGAACAUGUUGACAAAAGACAAAGGAGAGAUUGAGGGGGCAAGGAACAAAGGGAGAAAUGAGGUGGAGGGACAAGAAGAGACCCAGCAAGAAAAUGGUCGCCUGAUGAUGCCUGAUGGUCUUGCAGAGAGAGGACCAAAGGACCUGAACUUCAGCUCUAGCCAGCAGGUAUCCAAUGGCUUCACCACCUCCACACCUCAGAGCCCCAGGGAGGUGCCAGGAGAUGGGGCUUGCUCUGGUCUAACGGGCUCUGGGCCUGGGGGUGGCACUGGUUCCUCUGUGCCACUGGGGGGUCUCAGGACUCUGGUGGUCCAACAAACCAGCCUAGAAAGACCAAGAGAGACUUGGAGCAAGAAGAUGGACUUCCUGCUGUCUGUGAUUGGCUAUGCUGUGGAUCUGGGAAAUGUGUGGCGCUUCCCCUACAUCUGCUACCAAAAUGGAGGAGGUGCUUUUUUGUUGCCCUACCUAUUGAUGGCAGUAUUCGGAGGUGUGCCUCUGUUCUACAUGGAGCUGGCUCUCGGCCAGUUCCACCGGAGCGGCUGCAUCUCCAUCUGGAAGCACAUCUGCCCCAUCUUCAAAGGGAUAGGCUUUGCUAUAUGCAUCAUAGCCCUCUACAUAGCCUUCUACUAUAACACCAUCAUGGCCUGGGCCUUGUACUACUUGCUAUCAUCAUUUCGCUCUGUGUUGCCCUGGACCACCUGCUCCAACAGCUGGAAUACAAUCAACUGUAACCGUUAUAUGUCCACAGACCACAACGUGUCCUGGUCCAACGAUUCCACUUCCCCUGCCGAGGAGUUCUAUACCCGCCAGGUGUUGCAGGUCCACCUUUCCCCAGGUCUUCACCAGCUGGGUUCUGUCAGCUGGCAGCUGGCCCUCUGCCUGCUCUUCAUCUUCACCAUCGUCUACUUCAGUAUCUGGAAGGGAGUCAAGACGUCUGGAAAGGUCGUGUGGGUGACAGCCACUUUUCCUUAUCUGGUUCUUCUGGUCUUGCUCAUCCGUGGAGCAACUCUCCCUGGAGCGUGGAGGGGCGUGGUCUUCUAUCUCAAACCGGACUGGCAGAAACUGCUCAGCACUACAGUGUGGGUUGAUGCAGCAGCACAGAUCUUUUUCUCUCUGGGUCCGGGGUUUGGUGUGCUCCUUGCCUUUGCCAGCUACAACCCGUUUCACAACAACUGCUACAAAGAUGCACUAGUGACAAGCUCGGUGAACUGUCUCACUAGUUUUCUGUCCGGCUUUGUCAUCUUUACUGUGCUCGGAUACAUGGCUGAAAUGAGGAACCAGGAUGUGGAUACUGUCGCCAAGGAUGCAGGUCCCAGCCUGCUGUUCAUCAUUUAUGCAGAAGCCAUAGCAAACAUGCCAGCUGCCACAUUCUUCGCCAUCAUCUUCUUCCUCAUGAUCAUCAUGUUGGGUCUGGACAGUACGUUUGCAGGUUUGGAAGGGGUGAUCACAGCAAUGCUGGAUGAAUUCCCUCAUAUCCUGGCUAAAAGACGAGAGUGGUUCGUUCUGGGCCUGGUGUGCGUUUGUUACCUCGGGGCUCUUUCCACACUUACAUAUGGAGGAGCUUUUGUAGUGAAGUUGUUUGAGGAGUACGCCACAGGCCCUGCCGUCAUCACUGUGGUCCUGCUGGAAGUCAUCGCUGUGUCCUGGUUCUACGGUACCAACCGUUUCUGUAACGACAUCCAGGUCAUGCUUGGCUUCUACCCUGGUUCCUUUUGGAGAGUCUGGGUGGCCAUCUGUCCCUGUUUUCUGCUGUUCAUCAUUAUCAGUUUCCUGGCCUUUCCACCAGAGGUCAGGUUGUUUGACUACCAGUACCCACCAUGGACCACCAUCCUAGGCUACUGCAUAGGUGUGUCUUCAUUCAUCUGUGUGCCUUCUUACAUGGUCUACCACUUACUCCAUGCAAAAGGCACAUUCAAACAGCCGCCAGGUGUUGCAGGUCCACCUUUCCCCAGGUCUUCACCAGCUGGGUUCUGUCAGCUGGCAGCUGGCCCUCUGCCUGCUCUUCAUCUUCACCAUCGUCUACUUCAGUAUCUGGAAGGGAGUCAAGACGUCUGGAAAGGUCCCAGCCUGCUGUUCAUCAUUUAUGCAGAAGCCAUAGCAAACAUGCCAGCUGCCACAUUCUUCGCCAUCAUCUUCUUCCUCAUGAUCAUCAUGUUGGGUCUGGACAGUACGUUUGCAGGUUUGGAAGGGGUGAUCACAGCAAUGCUGGAUGAAUUCCCUCAUAUCCUGGCUAAAAGACGAGAGUGGUUCGUUCUGGGCCUGGUGUGCGUUUGUUACCUCGGGGCUCUUUCCACACUUACAUAUGGAGGAGCUUUUGUAGUGAAGUUGUUUGAGGAGUACGCCACAGGCCCUGCCGUCAUCACUGUGGUCCUGCUGGAAGUCAUCGCUGUGUCCUGGUUCUACGGUACCAACCGUUUCUGUAACGACAUCCAGGUCAUGCUUGGCUUCUACCCUGGUUCCUUUUGGAGAGUCUGCUGGGUGGCCAUCUGUCCCUGUUUUCUGCUGUUCAUCAUUAUCAGUUUCCUGGCCUUUCCACCAGAGGUCAGGUUGUUUGACUACCAGUACCCACCAUGGACCACCAUCCUAGGCUACUGCAUAGGUGUGUCUUCAUUCAUCUGUGUGCCUUCUUACAUGGUCUACCACUUACUCCAUGCAAAAGGCACAUUCAAACAGGGCCUCCUCUGUGGACACAAAACUGAAGAUCAGAGGAGCAAGGAACAGAUCUGGGAGAUCUGA